CGCCUUGUUGUCCCUUGAAGGACCCCUCAUAAUUCCAACAUGGCGGCGUCCAUACGGUUGUGCUGUGCCCUCCGCAUCACCAUCGGAGGCGCAGCACCGCUCCGUACAUUAGGGGGUGUCGCUCAGGUAUCCCAGUUGGCGAGCCGAGCCUCAGCUGUCUCUCUCCAAAGAAACCCUGUAGUCCCCCUGCUCCCUGCGACAGCAUGGCAGCAAACCAGGCACGGCAGCUUCUUCAACAAGUUGACGGCUGAGCAGUUGUGGAAAGGCGUGAUGGCGGAGUCAGGUGCAGGAGCCAGGAAGGGCCGAGGGAAGAGAACCAAACGUAAAGUGAAGCGAGACCUGAACAAAGGACAGAUCAUUGGAGAAGGUCGUGGUGGUUUUCUGUGGCCUGGUCUAAACGCUCCGGUGGCGAAGGACGGGAAUUUGCUGGGUGUGAGUCGAAGAGGCGAGAGCGAGCAGCAGGAGGUGCAAGCUGAACUAGUGCGUCAGAGGGAUGAGUGGGAUAGGAAGAGGAAGAUGAAGGUGAAGAGGGAAAGAGGAUGGACGGGAAACUCCUGGGGGGGCCUCAGCCUGGGCCCCCCUGACCCUGGACCCAACGGAGAAACCUAUCAGGACUUUGAUUCUCGUGUCAUUGAGGUGAAGAGUGUGUUCAACAUGACAGCCAAGGAGGGCAGGAAGAGGUCCGUGAGCUGUCUGGUCGCCGUGGGAAACGGCAAUGGAGCCGCAGGCUUUGCGGUGGCUAAAGCAGCAGACAGAAACACAGCUCUGAGGAAGGCCAAGAACAGAGCAAUGCACUACCUGUACUACAUAGAACGAUACAACAACAAGACCAUUUACCAUGACAUCAGCUCCAAGUUCAAGAGGACGACGCUCCGCAUAAAGAAACAAAAUGAGGGUUAUGGUCUGCACUGCCACCGAGCGGUCAUCACUCUGUGCAAGCUGAUUGGUAUCCAGGACAUGUACUGUAAAGUAGAAGGAUCUGUCAAUCUCCUCAACAUCACCAGGGCCCUCUUCACUGGAUUAGCCAAUCAGGAAGUCCACCAAAAGCUGGCCGACAAGAAGAAGCUCCAUGUCGUUGAGUUUCAGUCGCAGCAAGGCCCGCUGCCCAUUGUGGUGGCGAGUCCCAAAGACAGGGCACAACCGGACCCGGAGCCUGAAGAUGAGAUCCCCAACACCCGUCUGCACUGGGACGACGUUCAGGCCGCACAGGGAACCAGACGCUCGAUCUGGGCGGAUGUCAAACGCACCAUCUGGUAGUGUGGGACUGGGCCGAUGAUUCAGUCUGACCACAAGACAGAUGAUGUGACUGAUGGAGGCCGCGAUUGUCAGAUGGGGGGUCUGAUUUUUGGCUCUGCCAAGAAGAGCUGAAAAUAUGUGAAGAAUAGGAACAUUUGUUCUCAAGCAGAGUGUCAGCUUUGGUCAGUAAAUCUAAAUAUAGUGGAGUGUGAUCGUUUUGGCAACAGAGGACUGAAGUUACAUGUUUCUCAAACUGAAGACAUCCCAUCUCAAAACAUAUUACUCCAGAUACACCCAGUUACAGCCAACAGUGUCACUAAACUGUUAAUGUCUUCAAUAUCGAUGUUUCCUUUGUAACUGUAAAAGAAAAUCUAUCAUCCACUUGGAAUUGUUGCAAAAUACAUUAUGUACUAAUGCAAUAAAAUAUGCAUCUGCAAAAACG